AAUAGUCCAUGCUCCUUAGUCUGAUUGUGAUCGUCACUUAAUAUUUUAUAUGGAUAGUCUGAGUGAUGAGGACGCAGAGUCGUUGUAUGAUUUGUUUAACAAUUCGUGUCAGAAUUUCCCCGACAAUACUGCUAUUUUACACGACUCCGGUGAACAUCUCGAUGUGAUAAUAAAGUAUACGGAGUUGAUGUCGGAACUGGAGAAGCUAUCGCUGUGUCUUAGCCAGUUUUGUGGGAACUGCACUUACAUUGGCAUGUGUAUCAGGAACUUGCACCUCGCGCCCACAGUUAUACUGGGGAUCUUGCGGGUGGGAAAGGCGUACGUGGCGGUGGGUCGGGACUGGCGCCUGCUGCGGCGGCUCGGCUGCCGCUGGCUGGUGGCGGAGCGCGGCGGGGCGAUGCGCGGGUGCCGCCUGCGGGCCCGCCUCAGGCUCCACGGCCGGCCCCUGGGACUGUGGGAGGUGCGCCGCGCGGCCCCGCGCGCGCCGGGCCCCGUGGGGCUGGCCUUCGCGGUCCGCACCUCGGGCAGCACCGGCCGUGCUACCACCGUGCAGGUGCCCCACGCCGCCAUCCUGCCCAACAUCACCGACCUCAGGCGCGAGCUGCGAAUGGAGCCCAGCGACGUGGUGCUGCUGGCUGCGCCGCUCACCUUCGACCCCAGCGCGGUGGAGAUGUUCCUGGCGCUGAGCAGCGGCGCAGCGCUCAAGGUGGCGGCCCCUGCCGUGCGCGGCCAGCCUCGACGCCUGCUGCGCGGAGUCACCGUGCUCCAGGCCACGCCGUCCGUGCUGGGCCACUGGCUGGGGGAGCACGGCACGCUGCCGUCGCACCUGCGCGCGCUGCUGCUGGGCGGAGAGCCGUGCCCGCCACUGCCCGUGCUCGCGCGCUGGGUGCGCGGCUGCGCCCGCUGCCAUGUGUUCAACGUGUACGGGCUGACGGAGGUGUCGUGCUGGGCGUCCGUGCAGAGGGUGCGCUGGGACGCCCACGCGGCCGGCGUGCCGCUGGGCGCCCCGCUCUCCCACACGCUGCUGUGCGUGCGCGACACGACCGGCCGGCCGGUGACUCACGGGGAGGGCAGCUUGUUCGUGGGAAGCUUGGAACGAACGUGCUUCGUCGGCGACGAAGAGCCACGGGUCCUGACUGAGCCGGUGCUCCGAGCCACCGGGGACAUCGUCCAGGUGGACGGGGCGAGCGGCAGCGUGCUGUACGCGGGGCGCGCGGACCGCCGGGUGAAGCGCUGGGGCGAGCGCGUGGACCUGGACGCGGUGGAGCGGGAGGUGCGUCGCUGGCGCGCGGACGCGCGGUGCCGCGCUGUGUGGGACGACCGCUCGCACCGCCUGGGCCUGUUCCUGCUGGGCGACGCACGGCGGCAGGCUCGGGACGUGCGAUGGCACCUGGCACGCCACCUGCCCCCCGCCGCGCGGCCCGACACGGUGCGCGUGCUGCCGCGCUGGCCGCUGUCUUCCCACGGGAAGGUGGACGACGCUGCCUUGAAGCGCUCGCUGCGGGAAGGCGAGAGGCGCGAGGGGGACUUGGAGCGGACGUUCGCGAGCUUGUGGCUGGAGUACCUCGGCCCCCAGGAGCCGGCUGCCAACGACAGUUUCACACGCUGCGGUGGUAACUCCUUCGUCGCCCUGCAGUUGGCCGCAGAGCUGGAGAGGCUGUGCGGGCAGCCAGCCCCGGGACAGCUCCUCCCGCUGCUGCUGGGGGGAGCCACCUUCCAGGAGUGUCGCGCGCACGUCCGCAAGCUUGGUGGGACAGCUGCUGCCGAGGCAGACUCAGGAGAGACAGGCCUGCCCCGGCCAGCAGCUGGCACUACCGCCUCGCAGACAGCUGCUCCCGAGGCAGACUCAGGAGAGACAGGCCUGCCCCGGCCAGCAGGUGCCAGCACCGCCUCGCAGGCAGCUGCUCCCGAGGCAGACUCAGGAGAGACAGGCCUGCCCCGGCCAGCAGCUGGCAGCACCGCCUCGCAGGCAGCUGCUCCCGAGGCAGACUCAGGAGAGACAGGCCUGCCCCGGCCAGCAGGUGCCAGCACCGCCUCGCAGGCAGCUGCUCCCGAGGCAGACUCAGGAGAGACAGGCCUGCCCCGGCCAGCAGGUGCCAGCACCGCCUCGCACGCAGCUGCUCCCGAGGCAGACUCAGGAGAGACAGGCCUGCCCCGGCCAGCAGGUGCCAGCACCGCCUCGCACGCAGCUGCUCCCGAGGCAGACUCAGGAGAGACAGGCCUGCCCCGGCCAGCAGCUGGCAGCACCGCCUCGCAGGCAGCUGCUCCCGAGGCAGACUCAGGAGAGACAGGCCUGCCCCGGCCAGCAGGUGCCAGCACCGCCUCGCAGGCAGCUGCUCCCGAGGCAGACUCAGGAGAGACAGGCCUGCCCCGGCCAGCAGCUGGCAGCACCGCCUCGCAGGCAGCUGCUCCCGAGGCAGACUCAGGAGAGACAGGCCUGCCCCGGCCAGCAGGUGCCAGCACCGCCUCGCAGGCAGCUGCUCCCGAGGCAGACUCAGGAGAGACAGGCCUGCCCCGGCCAGCAGGUGCCAGCACCGCCUCGCAGGCAGCUGCUCCCGAGGCAGACUCAGGAGAGACAGGCCUGCCCCGGCCAGCAGGUGCCAGCACCGCCUCGCACGCAGCUGCUCCCGAGGCAGACUCAGGAGAGACAGGCCUGCCCCGGCCAGCAGGUGCCAGCACCGCCUCGCACGCAGCUGCUCCCGAGGCAGACUCAGGAGAGACAGGCCUGCCCCGGCCAGCAGGUGCCAGCACCGCCUCGCAGGCAGCUGCUCCCGAGGCAGACUCAGGAGAGACAGGCCUGCCCCGGCCAGCAGCUGGCAGCACCGCCUCGCACGCAGCUGCUCCCGAGGCAGACUCAGGAGAGACAGGCCUGCCCCGGCCAGCAGGUGCCAGCACCGCCUCGCAGGCAGCUGCUCCCGAGGCAGACUCAGGAGAGACAGGCCUGCCCCGGCCAGCAGGUGCCAGCACCGCCUCGCACGCAGCUGCUCCCGAGGCAGACUCAGGAGAGACAGGCCUGCCCCGGCCAGCAGCUGGCAGCACCGCCUCGCACGCAGCUGCUCCCGAGGCAGACUCAGGAGAGACAGGCCUGCCCCGGCCAGCAGGUGCCAGCACCGCCUCGCAGGCAGCUGCUCCCGAGGCAGACUCAGGAGAGACAGGCCUGCCCCGGCCAGCAGGUGCCAGCACCGCCUCGCAGGCAGCUGCUCCCGAGGCAGACUCAGGAGAGACAGGCCUGCCCCGGCCAGCAGGUGCCAGCACCGCCUCGCAGGCAGCUGCUCCCGAGGCAGACUCAGGAGAGACCGGCCUGUCCCGGCCAGCAGGUGGCAGCACCGCCUCGCAGGCAGACUCAGGAGGACUAGCAGGUGGCGAGAGGCUGUGCGUGAGCAGCUGUCGGGGCAGGACCACGGUGCACUGUGGGGACUGUGAUCCGGAGCAACCGGCCCCGCGUGACGGCCGGGCCAGGCUGGAGGUGAGAUGGAAGACCAGCCUGGGGCGGUGCGUGGAUGCCUCUCCUCUCGUGGCUCGGUAUUGCAGGUGGGUAUCUGUGCGUGCAGCUGUGCUAGUGCCACGCCGUGCGCCGUGCGAGCCUGCGAUGUGUUGCUGCAGUGGCAGGGAGCUGGUGGUGGUGGGCUGCCACUCGCGCCGGCUCGCAGCCCUGGACGCCCACACGGGGACGAUCGUGUGGCAGGUCGACUUGCCCGACCGCAUCGAGUCGUCUGUCUGCAUAUCCCCAAGUGGAACGCUUGGAGUAGUCGGCUGCUACGAUGGCGGGGUGUACUGCCUGCGUCUGGACACUGGCACCCUGGUCUGGAGGUUCUUCACGAGCCAGAUGGUGAAGAGCAGCCCCUCUCUGUGCCAGGACAACUCCUCUGUCGCGGUGGGCUCCUACGACCACCACCUCUACUGCCUGCGCCUGGAGGACGGGGCAGUGUGUUGGCGAGUGAGUCUGGGCGCAAGCGUGCUGGCGUCGCCGCUGCUGGAGCCGUGCUCGGGCCUGGUGCUGGCCGCCGCGCUGGACGGCACGUGUGUCGCCGUGUCGCAGCGCGGCGGGGGUCUCCGCUGGAAGCGCCGGCUGGUGGACCCCGUGUUCUCGUCGCCGGCCCUGCUCUCGUCGGGGCGGGCGCUGUUUGCCGAGGUGUCUGGGCGGCUGCUCUGCGUGGAGGCAGCCACGGGCGACCAGGUGUGGUCGCUGACGCUGGGAGGCAACGUGUUCUCGUCGCCGUGCGUGCUGGACACGGCAGUGCUGCUGGGCUGCCAAGAUGGCCGCGUGUACCGCGUGGAUGACACGGGGUCCGUGUGCUGGCAGACCAGGCUCGACUCUCCGGUGGUAGCGACUCCGUGCCGCCUGCCGGGCGAGCCCCGGGCCGUGGUGGUCGCAUCCAGCGGCUCGGCGUACCUGCUGGAGCUGCAGUCGGGGGCGGUCCAGUGCUGCCAACGCCUCCCGCACGAGGUGUUCUCCUCCCCGGCCGCCUGCGACCCGCGGCGAGUGUGCGUGGGCUGCCGGGACGACCACGUGUACUGCCUGGACGUCCGGUAGCUGCAGUACCUCCUGUUUCAUUCACGUGUUGUUUUGGUCCCAAUGUAUGUCUCAUUCUGCAAGCGUUCCCAACUAGUAACUCAUUUUUCCCCAGAAUAUAUUUUUUUUUCAUAAUUGCUGUGAAAACUGGCAAUGAAUAUGGUUUCCUCUUAUACAUAUUAUGUAGCAAACAAAAUGGAAAUUUUACUCUUUUUUUUUUCCCCAGGAACUGUAAAGGGUAGAAUAAUUAAAUGUUAUGAUAUAAAAAAAAAGUGUUAGCAAAUAUUUUGUUCAAACUUAAAAUAUCGUAAUAUUACACAAUCUAAUUUUUAUUAAUUUAGUAAAUAAAGAAAUGUUUCAAUUAAGUAAGUAGCUGCUGAUGUUUUUAAAAUUUCAAUAUUUGUAACAGGACAUUAAAUUUACACUGCUUGGGUACAAAAGUGUUUUUUAUAAAUAUGUAUAUGAGGCUACUUAUUUCAGUUCCAAGCCCGACUGAUGAGCGGACAUGGUCAUUGGACCGAGGCGCGAGCGCGGACUGCGAAGAGGCGGUUGGGGAAAGUGGGCAGCUGAGCGGAACUGCCUCGCUCCAGUUGCCGCACCUGCUACGUCUGCCUUGCGCCGGAGAAACCGACAAUUACUAAUUCCUCUUGUCCCCAGCUACAUAUUCUUUACGCCGGUGUAUGACCCAAAAUGGAAGAAGGGCAUAUUGAGUGAGGAGGCGCAACGGUGAGACGCUGAUUUCACAAUCCAGAUAACUCUGGUUUGAUUCCCAGUGUGAUUUUCAUAAAUCACUCCAGACUAGUGCUGAAUUGUUUCUUACAAAAGUCUUCUGUAAGAAGACUGAAGUUGAAGUGAACUCAAAGAAAGGAUAAGGUCAUCAGUGGGAUAUACAUGUACUGAUACAAAGACAUAGAUAAAGAUGGACAGAGAGAGCACAAAAAUAAAAGAGUGAAGCCUUGGGGGAUGCAGAUUCCACAAGCCUCCAAAUUUAGGUAAUACAAAUAAAAUAUAGGACAAUAGGUAUUCUUACCUGGUACAAGAAAUGCCAAGCACUAAUACAUGUCAGAAAUAUUUGCAAUCAAGUGGAAUGGAAAUAAUCCACACACACUCAAUACUGUGUCAAUGUGAUGGCUAGAGUCCCGUAAAAGUGGUUUUAUUUUUCCUUAAAUUUCGUUUUGAAAAAAUCAAAUUUCGGUUUUAUUUCGCUGUUUUGGUUUUUCAUUUUUAACUUUAGAGAAUGGUUUUAUGAACUACAUAUUCAAACGACACCACAAAUUUUAAAAGAAUGUAUUAACUAUACAUAUGGAAUUUUACUAAUAAACAUAAAAAAGUAAGAUUCCUGUACAAAUAAACUACACAUAUUUGAGCAUUUCACUUUACAUGACACCUAGAUUUAAAAAAAAAAAUUAAUAGGCAGGUUUACAACUGCAGGGCAUUGCUUAAUAUUAAGCAUAUGUCUUUGUAAUUGUUAAUUAAUAAAUACAGUUUCAAAUGUCCCAAUUGGAAAGCAAUAAUUUCAAUGUAAAAUAACAAUGUUUAGUUGAAAGACACCAUUGUAUAGACUUCAGCAUUUUCUGGUUUGAGAUUUCUUCUUCUGUCGCUAACUAUGCAAGCAUAUGUAGAAAAAGACCUCUCUGAAUCAACAUUGGUUGGAGGCAACCAUAGUAAUUUUAAAGCAA